AUGACUGACCCCUCAGGAGCAAAUGCCGGCAGCACUGGCAGUUUGCAUUGGAUCCCUCCCUUACAAGGAGCCAACAACUAUAAUGUUUGGCAUAUCCAAAUGGAGGACAUACUCACCAACCUUGAUUUAUAUGGACACGCAGACAGAUCAAAACUCAAACCAAACCCUAAGGUAGAAGUUGCAAUCACUGGCCAUAAAGACAAUGAAGGUAACCGCUUACCUGACUUGGAAGUUGACAGCAAUAACCCCUUAUAUGCAUCUUGGAUUAAAGCUGACCGCAAAGCGCUAUCAAACAUAAGACUAAGAGUUGACAGAAGUGUACUUACACACAUACAAGGUUGUACAACUGCCACCAAUGCCUGGUCUACAUUAGAAGCCACAUUCCAAGUCAAAGGUACUGUUGGACUCAUUGACUUACAGAGACAAUUCUUCAGUCAUUGGAUGACUGAUGGUGAAGACAUUGAGGAACACAUCCAGCAAAUGCGCGGAUGGUACCAACAAAUAUACAGUAUCACUGGGAUACGUUUACGCAAUUGGUAA